CUCAAUUUAUCGUCAGUGGUCGUUGGUUACGGUUCGUUGUCGUUGUUUGGUUGUGUUUAACAAAAAAAAAAAAAACAUUUUUUUCUUCAAUUUUUCUACCUCCCCAAAAUAAUAUAUAAAACAUACAAAGAAAAAAAAAACAGCGAGAACAAAAAAUUCCGUUUCUCGAGAAAAAAAAAACAACAAAAAAGGAAAUAAAAAAAAAACCUUUUAAUUUGCCGAAUUCAAAAGCAAAUCAAAAAAACUACUCCUACAAAAAAAAAAAAUCUAAUCAAAUCACAAUCAAAUGGCGUCAAGUGAUAUUAAAUUGUCAAGACUAUUUAGACUUGCACAAAAAUUUAAUAACUUUUAUUUAACCGGAUUUCAAAAAGGUGAAAUUCGUCCAUUCCUAGUUGAGGGUCAACAAGUUGGUCUAAUUAAAUCGGAUAUUGCCAAACAUUUGCUUAAAUAUCCUGAAGUAUUUUGUAUUCGUGAUUGUGAAUAUACCAAGCAGGGAAUUGUCGAAUUGAAUCCAGCAUUUCGUGAUUAUUCGGAGAGAACUGAAAAACUUGACAAGAUCUUACGAGAAAUAAGAUCGAAUGAUAUUUUUUCAGCUCUCGAAGGAUGGCGUGAUGAAUAUUACGAAGUAAAAUCAUCAGAUUUUCGAAGUCUAUUAAAAAUGGAUCGAUCAGCAACAUGUCUAUUUGGUGUACGUAAAUAUGGUGUUGAUAUUAAUGGCUAUGUGCGACAUCCAACACAUGGCAUAUGUAUUUGGCUACAACAACGUUCCAAUACGAAAGAAACUUGGCCUGGCAAAUGGGAUAAUAUGGUUGGUGGUGGAUUGUCUGUUGGCUAUGGCAUCCAUGAGACAGCCGUUAAAGAAGCUGCCGAAGAAGCGUCCAUUCCAAGCGAUCUCAUUAAGAAUUUAGUUUCAGCUGGUUGCGUUUCGUUUUUCUUUGAAAGUGAUCGUGGUCUAUUUCCAAAUACCGAAUAUGUUUUUGAUUUGGAAUUGCCAAUUGAUUUUGUGCCUCAUAAUGCCGAUGGUGAGGUACAAGCUUUUGAGCUGCUUCCAGCUAAGGAGUGUAUAGAGAAAGUAUUUACUCCUGAAUUUAAAACAACGAGUUGCCCAGUAGUUAUUGAUUUUCUUAUUAGACAUGGAUAUAUUACUCCAGAAAAUGAACUUCAUUUCACACAAAUAGUGGAGUUGCUUCAUGUGCCAUUGCAGUCGCUGUACACGUACAAAUCAAGAACUGAAUCGAACAUCACCGAAAAUGGCCACUUAAAGAACAACAAUUAAAAAUUAGAAUUUUCUUAUAGUAAUUAGCUUUGUAUGUAUAUUAUUUGUUUCAUCUUCCUUAUAUGUUUUUAAACUACAAAUAUUAUUAUAUAUAUAUAUAACUUAGUUUCAGUAUUUAUUUUGUUUUUACUUAAAUUUACCAUUGACAUUGAGGGCAUAGCCCUGAUAAUUAAAAAUAUGAAAUAUUAAUAAAAAUUCAAAUAAAAUUAAAUAAACAAGUUUUUA